GCGUCUCAUAAUCUUGAGCGCAAUUUGGAGAAGUACUGUAGCUAGCUAGCUUUGACUGUGCAGAAUUUUAGGUGAAAACUCUCACAUGUUCUGUCCAGAUACUGCAACCCGUUACCGGGAAAGUGAACAAAUAAAUAUGUGUCUGGAUGAUUAAUAUUUUGAAGGUCCUUAUAUAAGUAGAUAUUCACAAUUUAGUCCUAUUUAUUCUGGUAAAGCAGUCUUUGGAGAAGAACACGGUGUUGUUUUCGCCAUGGAUAUGGAACGACAGAAACGAAGGGAGGAAAUCCAGAAAGCUAUGGGCUUUAUUCAGUCCUCCUUGCCUUUCCCAGAGCCUGAGAAUUAUGCGGCUUUUUUGACCCAGUUGGUGUGUAACUUGCUGGACGAGGGAAACACAGUGUUUCGGGAUGGGGAAUGGAGGCAGGCAGCGCAGCAUUACAGUGAGGGAGUCAACGUGGCCCGCUAUGCUCAGGCAGAGGCACUGGUCAUUCCCCCUGAGCUUCUGGAGAGCCUCUAUGUCAACAGGGCAGCGGCACACUCUCAGUUUGGGGAGUUUGAGCGGGGCGUACAGGACUGCGAUAGCGCGCUGUGCGUGUGUGAGGGCAGUCGCAGGGCUCUCUACAGGAAAGCUCUAUGUCUGAGAGAGCUGGGCCGACUCAGGGAGGCCUAUGAGUGUGGCACCGGGUGCCUGCUCACUGCCCCACAUGACAGGCAGGUGGGUGAACUGGCCCAGGACCUGGCUAAUAAACUGGGCCUGAAGGUUCGUAAGGCCUACAUCAGCUCUCAGGUGGAGUCCUCAACGUCAGGGAGGGAGAGCAAUAGAGAGAAUUCUUCACCCACAGGGGAGACUUCCGCCAACGGGCUAGAAUCUUUGACUGACAUUGCAUCAGUUUUUCUUCGUCCCUCCUCCGUUCCAGCUGAUCUGUCCAGUGCCCAGUGUAUCCCUGCCCCUCUGGCCACGCCCAUCCCUGUCAGUGACGAGCCCUCGAGCCCAGUGGCCAUGCCCUGUGCUGACCUAUCAGAGAGCCCCAGUACGGUCCUACCGCCCAUGCCCUACUCCGUUCCCGUGUCGGAGCACAUGGAGGAGUGCAGCGUGAUCGCUGACGAUCUGGACAGCCUGUUGGGGGACUGCAUCUCCAAGAAAGUCAGCGAGUCACAAAGCCCAGUCCAGGGUGCUAUCCCCACCAACCUCCCCAACACAGCUGUGGGUCUGCACCCUCCAUACUCCUCCAGCCUCCCCGCCCCCUCGCCCCAGCUCCCCCCUGCCUUCUUCAGCUCCUCGGUCAGCCAGAUGCCCUCCUUGGAGCCUUACCCCUCACUGGGCCAGAGGGACCAGACCUCCACACAGGCGCUGGACGCCCUGGGGGCCUUCUCCCCGGGGACAGGGGACAUGGAGGGUAAAGGAGGGGUUGGAAUUGGAGGCCUGGACUCACUCUCUGAGUACACUUUGCCUGGGGGAAGAAUCUCUCACAGCUUCAUCCCUGGGAUCUGCAACCACAGCUCCACUCACACGAAUGUCCCAGCAGGUACUAACCUCUCCCUGCUCUCCCGGAACCCACUGGCUGCCACCCACGAGUUCAGACAGGCCUGCCAUGCCUGUUACAGCCGCAUAGGUCCACGGGUGAUUGACUACCAGUACCAGCCAGAGGCGGCUCACCGCUGUAAGAGGGACGUGCUGCUGUGUCGCUUUAAAAACACAGACGACCCCACAUGGAAGAGAGUCAGGCCUCGCCCCGCUAGAAACAACUUCCUCGGGGCCUUUGUGCUCUGCAAAGAGGUCCAGGAGCGCCAGGAGUGCCAGUAUGGGGAGAACUGCACGUUUGCAUACUGCCAGGAGGAAAUAGACGUGUGGACCCAGGAGAGGAAGGGGGCUCUGAGCAGGGAGCUGCUGUUUGACCCGCUGGGAAGCACCGAGAGACGGGCACUCAGCGUCACACGCCUGCUGCAGCUACACAUGGGCAUGUUCAUGUUCCUCUGUGAGGAAUGUUUUGACAGUAAGCCUCGCAUUAUCAGCAAACGCAGCAAAGAGAACUUGGCUGUCUGCUCAAACCUCACCGCCCGACAUCCCUUCGAUGAUAACAAGUGCCUAGUGCAUGUGGUGCGUUCGGCCAACGUGCGCUACAGUAAGGUGCGCCCGCUGCACCCCCUCUGCCAGUUUGACGUGUGUCGCCACGAGGUGCGUUACGGCUGCCAGCGCGAGGACAGCUGCUCCUUCGCCCACUCCGUCAUAGAACUCAAGUGCUGGGUACUGCAGCAGGACACAGGUAUCACCCACGAGGAGAUGGUACAGGAGUCCAAGAGGCACUGGUACAGGCUAGAGCAAAAUGCUCAGAGACAGAAGCCUAUGCAUGUCCCACACCAGAGCUGUGGUGGGGUAGGGGGAAUUGGGGGGGGGGACAAUCUCGGGGGUGGAGGGGUUGGCUCCGGAGGUGGAGGAGUUGGAGGAGGAGGGAGAGGCAGAGGGUUGAACCUGAAGAUGAAGUUUGUCUGUGGCCAGUGUUGGAGGGACGGACAGGUCAAUGAACCAGACAAGGCCCUCAAGUACUGCACUGCUAAAGCAAGGCACAGCUGGACUAAGGAGCGUCGGGUAUUGCUUGUGAAAUCCUUUGAGAAGAAGAAGUGGGUCGUUGUGCGGCCGCUUCCCUUCUCCCGUACAUACCCACAGCAGUACGACAUGUGUGUCCAUGUGAUGAAGCAGAAGAAGUGCCACUACAUCGGAAAUUGUUCCUUCGCCCACAGUCUGGAGGAGAGGGACGUCUGGACGUACAUGAAGGACAACAGCUUGAGGGACAUGCAGCAGAUGUAUGACAUGUGGCUCACGAUGACCAAUCAGAACAGACGCACUGACAGAAGCCUCAUGACCCCGCCUCCGGAGGAGAAACAGGUUUCGAUGACAACCGACUACACAGAGUCAUUGUCUGGGCAGCGGUUGUCGGAAGGAGGAGAUAUGUGAGUGUUGUCGUGCUGAGGAGGAGCUGGCCCUGGAGACGUGGAUAGGAGACCCCGCUCCCACUACACCAGAGACCAGCUACAGUACCUACCGCCUGUGACAUCAGUCUGAAUGCAAACACACAUACACACCUUACAGUACAACAAAUUGCUGUUGCAACAGGCACCAACUCGUGUGACGCACACACACAGAAAGUUGUGUAUAAGAACAUUCACGCCCAUAAUCUGAAGGGUUUGGAAGUUAACUUCAAUCUGAACCUCAGUGUAUCUCUAACACGCUGCAGAUGUCAAUGUACUUUAUGUGUCCAUUAUAUUACCAUUGAAGGCAAAUAUCGAAUUGUCAGCAAAAAGAGAAGGCCCCAAAGUCGCCCCUUCUAACGAAUACGGAGUGGCUGUGUGGCCGAUACUUCUUCCUGGUGACUAAACAACCAAACAAAUUGGCCUGCAUAAUAUAUAUAUUUAAAAAAGGUUUGUUCAAAUCGCCCUAGUUUAAAAAAAAUUCAGCUGUUCAGAAAUAUGAGGCAAAUGCGCAGAACGUGAUGUGGUUGUUUAGCUCUGGGAAUGAGGUGCCCAGGGGGGCAGUGCAUGGGCAGAAUGGGGUGGUUGGAUUCGGUCAUGCAGCAUCAAACUUAAAAAUAAGCCCCUUAUCUAUGUAGCUAGGGGCAAAUGUCUACAACCAAUUCCUACCCUCCUUGUGGGAACCUAGAAAGAGGGAGAGAGAAAUCGGACAGAAAUGGUUUGUACGCCAUUUUGUUUGUCCAUGGGAGUUGGUGCUUCACUCUAUUCGUCUGCCAUAUUGGUAGAGUAUGAAUGUAAAGCCAGUCGUUAUGAGGAAGUCAUAAAAAUAAUUAUGGUUGUGGAAUGUAUUCGGAAUACCCAAGACAAAUCUUAUAUAACAUUUAAAAUGACCCCCUAUCCCGCCUUUUAUUAAUAGAAAUGGCACAGUAGUCUUGGUUAUAUACUGUAAGCAAGCUAGGCAGCCUUACCUGUGGCCAGCAACGACACGUAUUCACAUACACACUGAGUAGGCUCAGAAUGGAGCAGUUUCAUAAUAUUGCAUUGGAGGGCUAUAGGGAGUGACUGCAGACUCUUCACUCAGACCCAGUCAAACAACAUACUGUACCGUAUGCUUAAAACCUGGAGUUUUCACGGACUACAUGAACAAGUCUGCGUCCUAGUUAUAGCCUCUCUAUAACAAGGCUCCAGAUGUUAUCCGGGUCAGGUGACGUGACUUCAUCUGGCAUGUCUACCACCAGUUUAACUAGGAUCAAGUGAGGUUACCUUUGCCCUGUUAGCCCUCCAAUGUAAACCUAUGCUGAUUUAGCCAGGGAGAAAAGAUAAGCUCCAAAUCACAAAGACUGAGUACAGGGACAAUACAUGGGGUUAAGAUGCAUAUGACAGAACAUUAGGGAUUCCAAUAAGGGAUUCCACAAGAAAGGGGAGGGAUUGUAGGGUAGUGCAACAGGAUGGAGCUUGAAUGGAUCCUGGAGUAUGGUGGCUUGGUCACAUAGGUGGGCAGGUUAGGGGAUGGGCACUGGACAGGUAGCUGGAUCCUGGGGUGGGUGGGCACUGGACAGGUAGCUGGAUCCUGGGGUGGGUUGGUGGCUGACAGGCUCGGGUAUUGUGAGAGAGGGAGGGCAUUAUGGAAGCAAUGAUGAAUACAUAAAAAGUAAAUUAAAAGUAAAAUGACUACCCAUAAAGUAGUCUAAAGAAGACUGACUAUCUAUAAUGUAGGCCGACUACCCAUAAUGUUGGCUAGUGAGACUGUGUGUGUGUGUGUAUAUAUAUAUAUAUAUAUAUACACACACACACACACACACACACACACACACACACUAACUAACAUUAAUUCACAAAAUAUAUCUAGGCAGGGACAGGUUUUUCCCAUAUGGCCAGCAUCUUGUUCCCUUAUACCCGCACCAGACAUUAUGUAAUGGAGGUAUGUCUGUAUUCAUAUACAUUAUAUAUACAUAUUUACAGAUAUUGGUAUACUACUAAAGAUAAUUGAUAACUUAGCAGUUAAGCUUAAUUAAAUAUAACCUAAAACUUGUAUUGAUUACAUAGAACCUCUUGUUAUUGAGCUAUGCUAUAUGACAUGUAUCGCUGAACUAGAUGACUAGUGAUUUUAUUGCUUCUGUGAGGGUCAUUCCAGAGAUGUCUGUAGGAGCAAGGUUGACUGAUUCUCAUAACAGGAUAUGAAUUGAAUGGUUUUAGCUAAGCCAAAAGAAAGGGGAUUGGUUGGGUUAAAUGUCAACAUGAGGGACAUGAUCAUCUCAGAACCCAGACAACGUAUGGUGUGUACUUGCCAUCUGAUGAGAGAUUUGAUCAAUGUGGAAGUAAUGGGUCUGGUAGGGAAAGUGUUACUCAAUUGGAAACAGUUUUUGAUCUAAUUAGUUUUUCCCAUUGAUCAAUAAACAAUAGAAUGCCAAGGUACUCCCUUCUAUAAACAUCAGUGAUUUAACAGAUUCACCUAGAUAGUAGAGUAGGUCAAUAAACUGUCCAAUCAGUUUUAGAGGAGUAACAAGAGGUGGGAGAGGCUUCUUCUGGAAUGACCCAGGUAUUUGCUUAACUGAGGGAACGUAUUACUACUGCUACUACUACUAUUAUGAUGAUGAUGAAUUAUGAUGACGAUAAUGAUUGCCAUUAUGACUAUUUCUAUUCUCCUAUAUGCUAUUGAUAUACGUAUAUAUGUUAAUUGCUAUGUAUAACUCUCUUUAUAAAUGUAUCCAUGUAUGAAUAUAAUACUUUACUGUAAACAGACGUAUGUGUAUGUUAAACAGGACUGUCCAGCAGGCAGGCCAGACAGGGAAGAGUUCAUAGUUUACCUUGCUCAAACUGGUACGAAGAACAACUCUGUUCAGUUUUAACAUACUUGCUGACUGUGACCUCACUCCCCGCAAGUUGGUUACGUAACAGGAACACAAGCUAACAUGGCAUCAGUGUUCACAGGGCACCCUAGAUAACAGCAGACCGGUUACUGGACCAGGUUGUUGCUGAAGAUCUGAUUUGAUAUAGUCUUGGUUGCUUGAGGUUAGUGGAUUAUAGGGGAGUUGAGAUUGUAUGGAAGAUAAGGUUGGUCAGUCAGUCCAAUGGAAUGUGCUAGUGACACUUUGAAUUUCCAAAAGCCAUGUAAAUCGCUAAUGAUUGUUUUCCUGACUGCUACCGAGUGAGAUUAUAUAAUCAAUAAUACUCUAUCAUUUAUUUAGUCAUUAACCCUGCUGGAAAAACUCCAAGCAUACAUUGACGUCUGUAUACAUCAGUAUAGCACCUUAUUCAAUAUAUACCUAUAUAAAAGUAUACAUACCCCUAUCAUAUAAUCCUACUUUCUAUGAUACAUAUAAUUAUACUUAGACACCUGUAUAAUUAAUUUAGAUAAGUGGUUCUGGUUGUUUGAAAAGGUCAUAGUCUGAUUUCAUUGGUUAUGUGCACAGUGCACACCAUACUACAUAAGUCCUUGUAUCUGCUCUGUUACUAGGUUUGAGGGGCCUCCUUUGUCAUCACAGUGUGCGGUUACCAAACAAAGGGGUCAGAGACAGGCUGGCAUUUUAGAAGUGUUCAAUCAACAGCCUUUGUUGUUUUAACUGACUCAUGGUUGUAAACAAACAGUUAUAUCAGAAGGGUCAAUAAUAAUCUCAGGCCUUGUGCUUAGAGGGGACUGGAGGAACCGAAAAGUGGUCAGACCAGACUGUAUCCAAACCCACCAGAGAGAACCGCAUUCGAUCAUGAGACUGACUGAUUCGUCUUGGUUUAAGAAGAGGCUUUGACCCCAAAAAGCUUAGUCAGAUGUUUAUUUCUCCUGUUGUCUUUCCAAGUAGAAGGCUGAAGACACUCUUGUAAACCUUGGUUCACUCCAUGUUCAUUAUUGUGCCACACAGGCAUUCCCUGUAUUAAAAAAAGAGAGACACUUAUGUGAAUUGACACUCACCCAGCCACACCCACCCAUAGCCAUACUCACCCAGCCACACCCACCCAUAGCCACAAUGAGCUGAUAUUAAUUUACAUUAGCUUUCAGAGUUAUUGGAUUAUUUUCAACUAUUUGGAAUAGGAACCAGAGUUUUAAGUGAAAAACAAGGCCUCUAUUUGUGUUAACUCUGUUUUGUCUUUAUUUUCUCUUUUUUUUUUUCCCUCCCUGGUUGGAAGUGAAUUACGAUGAUAAAUGGACCAAAUCUCUUGAAGGUGUUUAACAAUAAACAGAGUGUUUUAGAGA